UGUACAUCAAGAGUAAAGUAUCGUCAUGCAGGUGAUUGAACUGCUAAUCCUGUGAUUAACAGACAACCUGCUCGGCCUUUCUAAGCCACAGCCACCAGCACCACUGUGAAUAAAAGGGCACUUCCUUAAAGUUUGGAGAUAGAGAUGGAGCUUUAUAAUAAACCUUCCAACUAUUUGCAGAGGCUGAAAAACCCUGACUUUUCCAUCCCCCCCAAACACUGGACGCCUACAUUUCCCUAAAUGUACUUAGAUCAACCGUGUGGUUGAUUAGAUCAGAGGUUUACAGAAUGAGAGGCCGGCCUCCCAAACCUUUUGGCGGGUUAUAGGAGGUCUAGUUUCUGUCCGAUCUGUGGUGGAAUCAGAAUAUUUGUCAUUUUUGCUUCUGAAAAUGACUUGGCCAUUUGAUUAGCCCUACUGUAAUGUACGUUCAUCAUAAAAAAAAAUUUAAAAUAAUUUUAUUUGGUCAUUAGGGCUGUGGUGGUUUGAUAUUGACAAGCUGUGAAGACAUAAUCAGUGUAUUUGCUAACUUCUUUUGCGGGAAAGCUCCUCUCCAGAACCAGAGAGUACUUUCUCCAACUAUUUGCUUCAUAUGUCUCUCUGUUAUGAAUUUCCAAUUUAAAAUUGACUUUCCAAUGUAAAUUGCACUGUACAAAUCAAAAAGCUUAAAAGCAGAUGUUUAGCACUAUAUACUAAAUCCUAAGCAGUUACUUUUCAUUUAUUUUUAUUUUAACAGUUCUUGGCCGAUAUUUACACAUGCCAUCCUCAAGUUAAAAUGGUAUUUAAAUAUGUGUUACUUGUACUUUUGCCCACAAACUGUAGCCUAUAGCGCAAACCUAGUUCGCAAUAAACGUGAUUCUGAUUCAGAGCACCAGUUUCACCCACAGACCUUGAAGGCGGCAUCAGUCAGCAUAGAGUCAUGUGAUGUCCUGUCAUGUGGUGCAUUCACUUCCUCCUGAUUUGCUCCACGGCAGACAGAUUGCCGUAUCAUGUCGUCGUAGGCUCCACAGACUGCUAUCCGCCGCCUAAACAUGUUAUUUACGUAUAAAUCGAGUCGUUUCUCGCCGCUAAAGCUGGCCCUUUGGUUGGUGGCGUGUGUGGGAUAUUUGUCGGUCCGGUCCGGAGCGGAGGAGGACGGCAGCAGCCCGUGGUACCGGGACCUCUGCAGUUAUAAAUGGGAGGCUAUUGACCAGGACAAUAACGUGAGCUACACGCUAAAGCUCUGUGAGUCGUCGCCAUCGACCAGCUGUGGCCCCGGCACCGCUGUCUGCGCCCGGAACCUCACCACCAAAGCAGACCAGUCGGUCGGUGAGCUGUCGAUGCAGACGCUGUCUGGCACGGUGCUGGAUUACAACGGCACAGAAAAAUGUCCGGGGAGCGGCAACAACAUCCAGACCAGCAUCAGCUUCCAGUGCGGGAAAACCAUGGGGACCCCGGAGUUCGUGGCCGUGUCCCAGUGUGUGCAUUACUUCGAGUGGAGGACCUUCACCGCCUGCAGCAAAGACAAAUUCAAGCCGCACAAAGAGGUGCCCUGCUACGCGUUCGACGCCGACGGUAAGAAGCACGACCUCGGCCCUCUGAUCAAAGUGAACGAUGGCUACCUGGUGGACGACGGCGACGACAGCGUCGACUUCUACAUCAACAUCUGCCGCAGUCUCAACCGACCAGACAAAUCGUGUCCAGAGGGCUCGGCCGCCUGUCUGGUCACAGCGCACGGCUCCUACAACAUGGGCUCUCCGACCACACAGCUGGAGCUGUUAUCCAACGACAGACUGAAGUUGCACUAUGAAGUCGCUGCUGGUUCAACUCCGCCGGACUUCUGCAACAAGCACGAUCCUGCCGUCACCAUCACUUUCAUCUGUCCGUCGAGCAGACACUCAGGCAGCACUCCUAAGAUGACAGCGGGGUCGAACUGUCGCUACGAGGUGGAGUGGGUGACCGAAUACGCAUGUCACAGAGACUACCUGGAGAGCCACACCUGUAAAAUGACCAGCAAGCAGCACGACAUCUCCAUAGACCUCACGCCUCUCACCUUGAGCUCUACAGAAGCCCCAUACUACGCACACUCUGGGCCCAAUGACGGGGUUGACAGCUACGUCUACUACCUGAACGUGUGUGGAGAGAUCCCCACUAACGAAUGUGGAGAACACCAGUUUGUAUCGUCCUGCCAGGUGAAGAAGACCGGCGACGUGAAGAAGGUGGCUGGAAGAUAUCAGAACCAGACAUUACGUUAUUCAGAUGGAGAUCUGACUCUGAUCUACCCAGAUGGGGUCAGAUGCUCCUCCGGCUUCCUGAGAAUGACCAUCAUCAACUUUGAGUGCAGCAAGAAUGCAUCCAACGGUGGGCGAGGGAAUCCCGUCUUUGCGGGGGAGACGGACUGCACUUAUUACUUUGACUGGGAGACGGCCUUCGCCUGCGUCAAGGAGAAAGAGAAUCUACUGUGUCGAGUCAGAGACGACAACAAACACUACGACCUUUCACCCCUCACAAGAUACCCUGGUUCAGAUGCCGGUGGGAACUGGGAGGCGGUGGAUGCUAAAUCUCCAAAGCCGGACUCCCGUUUCUACCUGAAUGUCUGUCACAAACUCAUCCAGACGGGUGCAGCUGCCAACUGCCCUGUGAACGCCUCCAUCUGUGCCGUGGAUAAGACACUCGGGGCCAUCAGCCUGGGCAGCUUCCUCUCAUCUCCCCAGAAGACAAAUAUAGGAAACGACAUCCGACUGGUGUAUACCGAUGGAAGCUUCUGCAUCAAUAAAAAGACGAGGAUCCAAACUAUCCUGACCCUCAAGUGCAAACCGGGAGAUCUGGAGAGCGCUCCCGUCCUUCGUAGUGUUUCCUCUGAUGGAUGCGUGUACGAGUUGGAGUGGUACACUGCCACCGCCUGCGUCCUCUCCAAGACUCAGGGAGACGACUGCAAAGUGGAGGAUCCUCAGGCUGGGUUCUCCUUCGACUUGUCGCCUCUCUCCAAAGCCGCCGGUGGCUUCUACAACCUCACCAGCGGCAACUACGACUACUACAUCAACGUCUGUGGUGCCGUCAAGGCGGCCAGCUGUCCCGAGAAGGCCGGCACGUGCCAGGUCGAAAAGAGUGCUUGGAGUCUUGGGGAAGCGAACUCCCGCCUGUCGUACUACGAUGGCCUGAUCCAGCUCACCUACAGUAACGGCUCCCAGUACAACAACAAAGAACACACUCUCAGAUCCUCGCUCAUCUCUUUCCUCUGUGACCCGGAAGCUGGAGCUGGUUAUCCCGAAUUCCAGGUUGAGGACAGUUACACGUAUAACUUCCGCUGGUAUACAUCCUACGCAUGUCCUGAAAGGCCUCACGAGUGUCUGGUGACAGAUCCCACCACUCUGGAGCAGUACGACUUAUCCAGCUUGUCACGCUCUUCCUCCACUAGCAACUGGCAGGUCAUGGAUUUGUCUGACUCCAUGAACCUGAAGAAGUACUACAUCAACAUAUGUCGGCCUAUCAACGCUGUACCGGGCUGCGACCGCCAUGCGUCCAUCUGCCAGAUGAAGUACAUCUCCGAGCAGGGCUCCCCGAAGGAGGCCGUGUCCGUCAGCAACAUGGGUAUUUCCAAGCGAGGGCCGAUCAUCGAGGCGCAGGACCGGCUGCUGCUGGAGUUCACAGACGGCUCGGCCUGCGUGUCGGACGGCCUGACGCUCACGCACACCACGCGCAUCCACCUGGUCUGCUCCAGAGGAACGGUGUCAAUGGGCCCGAGGUUCCUGAUUUACCAGAACUGCACUGCCAACUUCAUGUGGGAGACCAGGGCGGCCUGCGCUAUUAAAACCACCACGAACACCAACUGUGCCGUGGUGGAUCCCAACACUGGCUUUGAGUUCAACCUUCAGCUUUUGGCUUCUAAGACUGGAUACACGACAAAAGCGAAUGGCAAAGAAUUCCGGGUGAACAUCUGCGCUGACGUGGCAGAGUGCGGAGCGGGCAUGGCCGGCUGUGAGCUGGAUGAGGGGCAUCCGCUGAGCCCGGUCGGGGUGGAGAAGACCCUCCAGUACUCCACCGAUGGCCUGCUCACACUAACGUACAAGGGGAACCUGGACGAGCCCACGGCGACUCGGGACACCUUCACCAUCAAUUUUGUGUGUAAUAUGACCGCUCAACCCGGCUCCUUAAAACUGCUGCGAGAGGACCUGAGUUCUUCUGCGACCCACGUGGUGCACAACGCCUUCUUUGAGUUCUCCACUGCGCUGGCCUGCAUCCCUGCUCCAGUUGACUGCCAGAUCAUUGAUUCCCAUGGUCAUCAGUAUGACCUCAGGCACUUGAUCCGGGACAGGGAGGACAGCCCCUGGAUCGCCAUAGAUACAGGUGCUGUGAAAUCCCGCAGCUUUUACAUCAACGUCUGCAAACCUCUCCCUCCAGUGAGUGGCUGUCCAGUCGGUCCUUUGGGUGCCUGUGGCAUGAUUGAUGGGAAGAAAUACAACCUGGGAUACGUCCAGUCGAGCCCCCAGGCGGCGGAGGACGGCUCCAUCAGCAUCGUGUACCAGAACGGAGACCUGUGCGGCGCCGCUUCCCGCUACUCCACACGCAUCAUCUUCCAGUGCGAUAACAACCCGGGCUCCCCCAUGUUUGACCGUAAAGAUGGUUGUGAAUACGUCUUCAUCUGGAGGACCUCGGAGGCCUGCCCCAUCAGGAAGUCUCAAGGUGAUAACUGCCAGGUGCGUGACCUCAAGAGUGGCUACCUGUUAGAUCUGAGCUCUCUGAAGGGUCAAGAUUACCCCAUCAGCAGCGAUAAGUACGUCUACCACCUGUCGGUCUGCGGGGGGCUCAAGAAAGGGAUCUGCACCCACAAGGACACGGGCCUCGAAACCGUCUCCUCCUGCCAAGUGCAAGGGGACAACCACAAGAUUGCAGGAAUGACAUCCCAGGUUCUAAGCUACGUGGGAAAUCAGCUCAUCCUGAACUACACUAAUGGAGAGGCCUGUCACAAGAUAUACCAGAGAUCCACUGAGAUCUACUUCUCCUGCCACCCUGACAGGCAUCCUGGAACACCAGAGUUCAUCAAGGAGACUCCAGACUGCACCUACCUGUUCAGCUGGCCCACCGCUCUGGCCUGCGUCCCAGUCAAGACCUCCAGCUGCUCCUACAAUGAUGAUCAGGGACUCUCCUACGACCUCUCCCCUCUGGCUCUGGACUCUCGAAACUGGGAGGUGGAGGCCUCUACGGACGACACGAAGAACCGCUACUACAUCAACGUCUGCAGGGCGCUCGUGCCGCAAGGAGGUACGUGGAAGUGUCCCUCCAAUGCUGCGUCCUGCUUGAAGGCCGGAGAGGACUAUGUGAAUUUGGGGCAGGUGGAGUCUGGUCCUACGUGGGACAGAAAGGUCCUGAAGCUGCAGUACACCAGCGGUCAGGCGUGUCCCGAUGGGAGCCGCAACAAGAGCAGCGUCAUCCGCUUCAAAUGUGACAAAGACAAAGUGGACUCCCGGCCUACUCUGAUCUCCGCCAUUGAGGACUGUGUGUACACCUUCCUCUGGUUAACGGCCGCGGCCUGCCCUCUCAGCAGCACCCAACACGACAACUGCAGGGUCACCAACCCCGCUACAGGUCAUUUGUUUGAUCUCAACGCCCUGACAAAGGAAGGAGGUUACACCAUGUACGAUCAUCAGGAUCACAGGAAGAUGUUCCGCAUGAACAUCUGUGGGAACAUCUCCAACUCCGGAUGCGGCUCUGAUACUGCUGUGUGUAUUAAGGACACCACGACCGUGGUGAGCGGCGGUCAGGUGAGCAGGAAGCUCUCGUACAAGGACCAGGUUCUGGAGCUGACGUAUGGCGGCGGGGGUCCGUGUCCAGCAAACCCCGCCCUCAAACACAACGCCGUCAUCCACUUCAUCUGCAGGCCACCCAACAUGGGCUCAGCCCCGCCAGAGCCGGUUCUCAUUGAUACCGACACGGAGACCUGCACCCACUUCUUCUCCUUCCACACACCGCUGGUCUGCGAACAGCCAGUAAAGUGCUCGGUCCGGAGCGGCUCUGCUCUCAUAGACCUGACUCCUCUCAUCCACAUCAGUGGAUACUACACAGCAACAGACGAGGCCCUGGAACAAAGUGACGAAUCUCCAGACUUCUACAUCAACAUCUGCCAGCCUCUGAACCCCAUCCCCGGAGUCACCUGCCCCGCUGGAGCCGCCGUCUGCACAGACCCUGCCAACGGGCCGCCUGUGGACAUUGGGCGGACCACCAGCGGCCCUGAGAUCAACCGCGCUACAGGGGACGUGUCCAUCACCUACAACAGCUCCACCAAGUGUGCGGCCGAUCCUGCACAGAACUACACCUCGACCAUCAUCUUCACCUGCCAGAGAGGCCUGCAGCUGGGUGCUCCAAAAAUGCUGAGGCUGCAGGAAUGUGUCUAUCUGUUUGAGUGGGCGACCCCGUUGGUGUGUUCAGACGCCACACACACUAACACCAGCGGUUGCCAGCUAACCGACUCCCAGCUCCAGUUCACCUUUGAACUGUCCAGCCUCUCUGGUGAAGUCCAGGUACCAGCGAGCUCCGGCGUCUACCACAUCAACGUCUGCGGCUCCGUGGCCGAGUCGGCCUGUAAGAACGGAGCGGUUUGCCGGGUGUCCGGUUCUGGUGCUGACCAAUUCGCCUCAUCGUAUGGCAUCAGCAAGGCCAUGACGAUGGACUACAAGCAUGACGAGGACGCCGUGCUGAUGCAGUACGGUGGGGGAGAUCCCUGCCCACCAGGGACACAUGAUGGCGACGUGUGCGUGUUCCCCUUCACUCUCAUGAAGAAGUCGUACACGGCGUGCACCAAAGAUGGACGCACAGAUGGCGGGUUGUGGUGCGCCACCACUGACGACUACGACCGGGACAAGAAGUGGGGAUUCUGCAACGCAGCCUCUGCUAAGCGCCAGUCCUCCAUAUUGUUUACCUGCGACCAGUCCAUAGGCCGUGGUUCUCCAGAGCUGCUCUCGGAGACGGAGGGUUGUUCGGCCACCUUUCAGUGGCGCACCAGCGCCGUGUGUCCCCCGAUGAAGAUGGAGUGUAAGCUGGUCAGCCAGCAUCAAACCUUUGACCUCCGGACCCUGUCCUCCCUCACUGAGGCGUGGAAGUUUAGCCACCGAGGGGAUUCGUACUUCAUCAACCUGUGUCAGGGUAUCCACGGUGGAUUGCCGGGUUGUCCAGAUGGAGCAACCGUGUGCCGGCGCACGGCAGCGGGAGUGACCCAGACCCUGGGCCGAGUUUAUACCCAGAAAAUGAGCUAUGUUGAUAAAAAGAUUACCGUCAGUUACUCAGCGGGAGAAGACGUCUGCGGUAACGGCGUGCACGCCAGGACGGUGCUCCAGCUGAGCUGCGGCGCCACUGUGGGACGCCCGGCACUCAUCAGCAUUGACGAGGCGUCAUGUGAGUUUGUGAUUGGCUGGGAGACUCGGUCGGCGUGUGCUGUGAUGCAGCAAGAGGUGGAGAUGGUGAACGGGACGAUACAGAUUCCCAACACCGGAGCCAGCCUGAGUCUCGGAAAGCUUUAUUUCAGCCACCAUCAGGCGUCUGGAGACAUCCGUCCCAACGGCGACCGCUACAUCUACCACAUCCAGUUGUCGGGCAUCACCAACAACUCCCUGCAAACCUGUCUCGGUGCCAACAUCUGCCAGGUCAAACUCAACGGGCCCUACAGACGCCGGAUUGGCUCUUCCAGCAAGGCCAAGUACUACGUGAAAGGAGGAAACCUGGACGUGAUGGUGCCCUCCGAGUCGGCGUGUGGGCGGGAGAAGACCAAGAAGGUGUCGUCCACCAUCAUGUUCUACUGUAACCCCUCGGCAGGCAUCGGCAUCCCCGAGUUCAUGCUGGAGACGGAUGAAUGCCAGUAUCUGUUUGUGUGGCACACGGACGCCGUGUGUGGUCUCAUAACUGUUGACACCGACGACGGCGCCAGCGUCGCUGCCAGCGUCGCUCCCGCCGUCUCCGGGCGGCGCCAGGCGGUGGGCGUGAUGCUGAGUCUCCUGCUGCUGGUUCUGUCUGUCUGUCUGCUCGGGCUCUUGCUCCGCAAGAAAGAGAGGAGAGAGCUGGUGAUCCAGAAGGUCGCUGGCUGCUGCAGGAGAGGAAACCAAGUCUCCUAUAAAUAUUCCAAGGUCGACAUGGACGAAGAAGCGGGUGAAGAGGAGAUGGAGUGGCUGAUGGAGGAGCUCGAAGCGCCCCCCGCGUCCACCUCCUCGUCCUCCCACCGAGGGAGGAGUAACCACGGCAACGGUCACAUCAGGACCGGCCUGCGUUCGUUCUCGCUGGACGAGCAGGACGACGACGACGACAGCGAGGAAGAGGUGCUGAGCGUCCCGGGGGUGCGGGUGCUCAAGUCCUCCGGAAUGUCCCGGCACUCUGCGGCCCAUCGCGGCCCCUUCCUCCAGGAGGAGAGCGACGAGGACCUGGUGGGCCUCCUGGACGAGUCGGACAGGAAGAGGAAGAGCGGCAAACCUCGCUCCUCAGGGCUUAAUAACAACACGACGGCCAACAGGAAGCGGGACGAGGACGACAGCGACGAGGACCUCCUCAGGGUGUGAUGUCACUUACCACAACCAGGCUGAACUCCUCUUUCUCAGUGAAUGUCUCCAUAACAGCAGCAACAGAUACCAACAACAUUUUGGGAGCAGAAACCUUCCCUCUCUUUUGGAAUUAUUUUUUUAUUGUUUUUUAAUUUUUUUUCUUGGGUUGCAGCUUUACUUCAGACUCGCUCCAGUCCUCCAUCUACAGAAUGCCAGUGUUGGCACAUGGUUUCUUAUUUAUUGAUUGCUGAUUAUUUAAAGUGUUCUGCGGGCUGUUUUUUGACCUGCACCCUAUUUUCCGUCAUAAUUCUGAAAUGAAUUAAUAAGGUACUUCACUGUAGCCUCUUCAAUCUGCCACAUUUAUCAAAUAUAGACUCUAAAAACCAACCAGAGGCCGACAUGGCGGCUCUGCCAUGUCACAUGGAAAUUCAAUAUCUUCCUUUCUUAAGUUUUUGGAAAUGAAGUCGUUGCCAUCGGUUUAGCACUUUAUUGCACCAUUGAUUAAGUUUAUUAAGAAUAAUAUUUUGCAGCGAAUGAAAAAGAAAAUCUUUCGCUACCUAUUUGCAGUUGAUUUUUUUUAUUUUUUAUGUCCAGGUGUUUAUUUGAUAACCGUGGGGAGAUGUACAGUGAAGUAGCUCGAGUGAAACCAUUUAGCCGAUUUUCUGAGGAAAACGACGGCGAUCAAAGAAAAGAGGAGAGAGAGAAAAGCAGGGAAACUGUUUUUUAUCCUGAAUGUGGGCGAAGAAGGCGUCGGCUUGCGUCGUUUGUCGUGGGAAUGAAGACACCUCGUCUCUUCUGGCUGCCGACGUCUUCUCUUUCAGCGCGACACCUUCCUGAUGGGGACCUUAUUCAUGCUUUUUCAUUGAGGAAUCAGGUCCGGCGACAGAUUAAUUUCGUUUUUUUGUCUUGUUUUGAUCAGAGACAUUGUACAUAGAGGAUCACGUUCUGAAGUAUGGAUGCUUUGUUGGUCUGUGUGUCCGUUAUCUUCACCGGUAAGUUGCUCACGCGUCUGAUUUUAUGAUUAUUUAAAUGCUCGUCUGAGCUGAUUUGUAUGAAUCUCUGUUCUGUGGGAAGUGGAGACGGCCUUAAGUGUGAAUGGAUGGGCGACGAGGACGGAGGUUUGAAAGAGAUGUUAGUUUAGGCUUGUGCUGGUUUUUGAAGCCCCCCCCCCCCCCCCCCGCUAAAGCCAUAUUGUAGGAAGUUGGGAUUUCUUUUUCCCACGUUCGUUAUUCGGGUUUGUGAUCGCGGAUGUCGCCGCGGCAAAAGGGAAGUUUAACCCUCUUUAAGCCAAAGGCGCGUGACGAUGGGACGAAGGAGACGGGAAGCAUUUCAGUAUCACGAAUGCCGGCAGUCUAUUUACAUUUAAGGUAUUUCCUGCUUAAUAAUGAAACGGUGUUUUAACAAAGUAUAUCAGUAGUGAUGGAGAUCUCGUAUAUCAGACUGACUGCAUGGUGCGAGUCAUCCCCCACAGUGUCCCGUGUGCACGCUCUUCUCUUUGGGCCCAAAGUCGAAACCAAUCAAACUCUGGUUGCUGAGACGAAACAUGGAGGAUUUGUCUGAGCUCUUUGUGUUGAUUCUCCUUCUCCGCUGUAAAGAAGUGUUUUCUAAGGCUGCAACAAACGAUUAUUUUCCUUUUACUGAUCAUAAAUGUCGGAAAAGUGCCCAUCACAAGUCAUCCUGGUGCAAGGUGAUGCCUUCACAGGUCUCCAGACUGAACAUCAGUCUCAAACCCAAGGAUGUCGAGAAAAGCAACCAAUCAUCAGAGGGCUUGGCAUUGUAUUUGAAUAACAUAACUUACAUGUUUAUAGAUCAACCCAGUGAUUAGUUGACUGAAGACGGCAUCAUCCUUGUUCUUUUCAGAGUUCAAUCAGUUCAAGUUUAAUCUUGACCUGUGAAAUAGUGAUUAAACAAACAAAAAAACUCAACUUAAGGUCCACUUACUCGCUUCUUUUUUUUUUAUACGGCAUUUCCUUAGUUAACUGGGAAGUUAAGCCCACUGGGAAGUCCAAUGGGAAGUCCACUGUUAAGCCCACUGGGCCACUAUAUGUGACUUAAAGCUCUGGACCGGGUCGAUCGUUGGCCUUGAGUUCAGAGUUUUCUUGUCCAGUUCUGCCGUCUGAACUGAUUUUGUUAAAUGUUCUUCAGCUCCUCAAAUGUGAUUUUCUCUGUUUUGUUUCUUUGUAAACAAACGUGUUUGGGUUGGUUAAAACAAGAAGUUUGGAAACAUCAACUUUGGUUCUGGCACAUUUCUCCUUUCAUUUAACCUUUUCUCGACUAACACUUCAUUCAUGAAUCAAUAAUGACAUUCUAAUGGAAAUAAUCGUUCGUUGCAGACCGUCCAUCUUCCUUCAUCAGCAUUUAUGUCAUGGGACGUUUUGGGGAAUCUCCUUUGGGUGUUUUGUUCCCAGCUGGCCAAAUUAAGUGAAUGAACUCCUCACUAAUCCCACCCCGGGAGAGCCUCGUGAUUUAUUCACAGCUUUGUAAUGAUUUGCAAUCACAAACGGUGCAUUUGACAUCGGCUAUGACUAUUUAUUACCUUUGUGACCGCACCAAUGGGAUAAGUCAGUAAAUUCACUUUUGGCUCCUCUCAGUAUUCAAUCCACAGAAACUAAAGUGAUUAACUGAAGUAUUGUAUCAAUCAAUAAAGGAAGGGUCCCCUUUCAGGGUAUUUCUAAUGCUUUGUACACGAGAUUUGUUCAAACACAUUUUUGUAAGAUGCCAAACAUGAAAUGACAAAAGGAUUUGACACAUCUUGAAAUUAGAAACGUCAGUAAUUAGUAUGGAUGAGUUUAACGUGCUGUAAUAACAAUGAAGUCGAGAGCAUCCCUUUGUUCCGGGCCCUUUGCUUUGGGUCUCCCCUGUUCAUCAUCUGGGACUUUUUACAAGCCAUGUUUAAAGGAAGGUGGAGAAGAAGUGAAGCUGUGUUCACACCCCCCCCCCCCCCCCCCAAAGUCAGCCAAGUCAUAUGUUAAUGUGUGAUUGUCUUUGGAGAACCAUAUGAUUUAAGACCGUUCAGACAUGAAGGCGCUUCACUCCAAGUGAAAUCCAGCUUUUAGAGCAUAAAGAGCGAUGUGAGAUUUCCAAAGAACAAUUACAUCACAGAGGAAGUGUCACGAAUCCAUAUUUAUUAAAGUACGACUUGGAAGUCAACUCCGGCCCGUCGUUGGCACACCGGACGGACUUUUAUUAAAAUGUAAUUGUCGACAUUCGUACAGCACGUAAACCUCAGUUGUUAACUCCCUGAACUCCAUCUACCUGUGUUUGGCUCUUCGUGGUCCACUCGUCCUCGGGAGGCGUCGUAGAACUCCUCUGUCUGUGAAGUCUUUAUUCCCAUCGCUGCAUCACGUCUGUUUAUGCUGUAUUUAUCAACCACAGCUGGCGUCUGCAUGAAGCUGUCCUGACCCUGAACAUAUGAACAUAUGAAUGGACAUUCUUGUGCUUCUUUUCUUUUUCUUUUUGUGCGUCUCCACUCAGGCAGAGAAGUGCUUUGAGGUUACGUGAAAUUAAUUCGGCGUCUGCGCUCGAGGUCGAGAGUUAAAUUGAGGAGCAGUCUGACUUUAAAAAGAGCACAAUGGACUUUCUGUGAUGAUUCGGUCCCGUCGGAGGUCAUCACUACAUUUGAGUUGGUGUAAGUUAUGUUGUCCGAUAUGGGGGUUUUUUCAGCUCUUUGCCCAUUUCUUAUUUAAAAACAACAUUGAUGUAAAGAAAACAAACAUUGUAUUAUUUGAAUAAAUAAGAUCCGCUGUU